AUGUUUUAUCUUGUGAGUGUUGAUACUCUCUGGCCUGGGAGACUGGAUCUCCAGAGCUCAGGAGAAUUCCAAGAUUCACUCCCUAUCUUAUCUCUGAUGCUGCCCAGCGGGCUGGUAACAGCCAGUGUAUGUGCAAGGCAGGCAAGUCAGGGGGCAAGUCAGAGGCCUGCUCUGCUUUCUUUGUUUCUGAAGCCUGAAAAAGACCACUUCCCUAACAGUGCCUGCAGUGCAGGAGACAUAAGAGAUUCGGGUUCAAUCCCUGAAUUGGGAAGAUCGCCUGGAAUAGGAAAGGGCAACCCGUUCCAGUCUUCUUACCUGGAAAAUCCCAUGGGCAGAGCAUGGAGGGCUACAGUGUAG